AUAAUAUAAACGUCAUAAUCAUUCACAGAUAUUAAUAAGUUGCCUGUCUGCCUCAUCGUAACCUUAGUGGGAACCAAGUAUAUUGCGCGUGGUCUUGACUCUUAACAUAAUUAAACAUUUAUAAGUUAGAUAUUUCAAGUAUAUCAGUUGGCAAGAAGUACGUCAUUUUCUUAAUUCCAUGUAACUUGUCUAUUUAGACUGCUAAAAAGAAAAUUUUGACAUCUUUUACGCCGUCAAACAUCAGGGUCCAUGGUAAAUGUGACAAACUCGAUAAGCAAAAUCAUUAUGAAUGAAGCUGCAUUGACACGAUAAACCAGGAAGUGUUGUUACAAACUGUCAACAAUAGCUAUUUAGCAAUUUUAAAUCUUGCACAUUGUUAUCUACAACUCUUUAACAUAUUCAUAUUAUAUGCUACCGUUUGGUGAUCCCCCUUGUAGACGAUUCUUCGAGAGACUUGGUAAAGACUACUGGUUUUGAUAUUCCAAAUCAAUAAAUAAAUAACUAAGAGCUGUAUAUCCAUGUAUGUGCUUGCAUGAUUAAAAUGUCCAGAAAUUAAAAUAAUCAUUCCAAAAUUAGCUCUAUAUAUCAAAACCCUUUCCUCGUUUCUCCACCACCAACGAAGACAAGAGCCUGCUCAAUUUCUCUAUUGUUUUUUUCCGACAGCCAAAAAGAAAGUUAAAAGAGAGACCAAUGGCAGCUCUUAAGACAUUGCAAGCUAUGAUCUUUCUUGGUCUAUUGGCCACGUCCUGUAUCGCUCAAGCUCCUGCUCCAGCACCCAUCAUGCCUCUCCCACCGGUAGAGUCUCCUUCUCCCAUUAUUACACCAACCGCUGAGCCACCAUCUCCGGUACCGGUUGCUUCACCACCGGUUAUGGUUACCGAGCCAACUCCAGCUCCGGCGACUCCUCCCACCGUCUCAUCACCAACAAAGUCUCCUAAAACUUCCCCUGUCGCUUCUCCCCCCAAACCAGAAGGUAUGGCUCCAAGCCCAUCAGUCCCAGAACCAACACCAACACCAGCUCCGGCUCCUGAAGGACCAAUUGCUGACUCAGCAUUUACUAACAAAGCUUUCCUUGUGAGCACCGCCAUUGCCGGAGCCUUGUACGCCGUCGUUUUGGCUUAAGAUAGCCUUGAGUAAAUUACACUCUCUCUCUCUUUCUCUCUCUCUCCUCUGUUCUUUCUUAUCAUGAUUGGUUUGACGGAUCUCUCUGUUUUCUAUUUUUCUCUAAAUACAUUUUGUGCUCACUUCCACUUUGUUGAUGUUUCUUUUUUUCUCGUCUUUUGAUUCUUUUUAA